CGGUAAGUCGGCCCUUUUGGCUCCAACUCCAGCACCGUCCGCCUGCCUCAGCCCUGCGCACUCAACCGUCAGCGCCACUGGCUGCAGGGAUAUCCCGAUGAAAGAGGAGACUGUUCGGGAUGAAGAAUUCAGAGUUGACUCAUCCAUCGUGAGGUGAAGCCGUUACUUAAUGAACCCCCACUCAUGGAAACAAGACUCAGAUGUUGCUGCCAUGUGCCAGUCUCACACCCAAAACAGAAGAAAAACUCAGACCUCUUUUCGACUGAAUGCCCUCUGAUCGUUGAAACUUUCAGUGACUCUCCUCCAAGACUCUCAGAGCUAAACCACCCCCCUUACCACAGUGUGUCCACCCACGCCCUUCCUUCAUCUAGCAGCAACUUCCUCAUCCUCUCACAGGACUGGCUGUACUGUCAGUAAGAUUAUUUCACAAAUGUCUACCUCACGGUUAAAAAACCCCUGUCCAACACUGCGACCCUGAACAGGAUACAAGAUGACCUCGAGCAUUGACCGGGAUGACAGCAGUAUCUUUGAUGGGUUAAUGGAAGAAGAUGAAAAGGACAAAGCAAAACGUGUGUCCCGUAACAAGUCUGAGAAGAAACGCAGAGAUCAGUUCAAUGUCCUCAUCAAAGAGCUGGGCACCAUGUUGCCGGGCAACACCCGAAAGAUGGACAAGUCCACUAUUUUGCAAAAUAGCAUCGACUAUCUGCACAAACACAAAGAAAUCGCAGCUCAGUCAGAGUCAACGGAGAUCCGACAGGACUGGAAGCCUCCUUUUCUCAGCAAUGAAGAGUUCACUCAGCUGAUGUUGGAGGCGUUGGAUGGAUUUUUUCUUGCAAUUAUGACUGAUGGAAAUAUCAUCUACGCCUCUGAGAGUGUGACGUCCCUACUUGAACACUUGCCUUCUGAUCUUGUGGACCAGAACCUUCUGAACUUCCUGCCCAUGGGGGAGCAUUCAGAUGUGUACAAGGCUCUGUCCUCUCAUAUCAUGGAGGGAGAGACACUGACGCCUGAAUAUCUGAAAACAAAAAAUCAGCUAGAAUUCUGUUGCCACAUGCUCCGAGGGACAAUAGACCCCAAAGAGCCCCCUGUGUACGAAUAUGUCAAGUUCAUCGGAAACUUCAAGUCCCUGAAUAAUGUGCCUAACUGUACCAGAAACGGUUUUGAAGGAGUGAUCCAGCGGUCGCUUCACUCUGCUUAUGAAGAUGGAGUGUGUCUAAUAGCAACUGUGAAGCUUGCCAAACCACAGUUCAUCAAGGAGAUGUGCACUGUAGAGGAGCCCAAUGAGGAAUUCACCUCCAGACAUAGUUUAGAGUGGAAAUUUCUCUUCUUGGAUCACAGAGCGCCACCCAUUAUAGGUUACCUCCCAUUUGAGGUGCUGGGUACAUCAGGAUAUGACUACUACCAUGUAGAUGACCUGGAGACGCUGGCCAAAUGCCACGAACAUUUAAUGCAAUAUGGCAAAGGAAAGUCCUGCUACUAUAGAUUCCUCACCAAAGGGCAGCAGUGGAUUUGGCUUCAGACCCACUACUACAUCACCUACCACCAGUGGAACUCCAGACCAGAGUUUAUUGUAUGCACACACACUGUUGUAAGUUACGCUGAAGUAAGAGCAGAGCAGCGCAGGGAGCUUGGAAUCGAAGAAUUACAACCUGAGAUCACACCAGACAAGCAGUCCCAGGACUCAGAGUCAGAGUCCCAGCUCAACACAUCCAGCCUGAAGGAGGCUCUGGAUCGCUUCAACCACAGCCGGUCACCUUCAGCCUCAUCUCGCAGCUCACGCAAAUCGUCGCACACCGCUGUGUCAGACCCAGCCUCGGCGCAGAUUAAGCUUCAGGGAGACAGGAGCACACCAGGUCGCCAGUCUGUGUCUGCUGUGGAGAUGACCUCACAGCGAAGAUCAUCCAUCAGCAGUCAGCAGUCAAUGACCUCCCAAACUACAGGACAGAACAUGGCAACAUCUGUGGUUUCACAACAACAACAGCAACAACAACAGCAGCAGCAGCAGCAACAGCCUCAACAGCAACAAGUUCAGAUCAGUGGGCAGGCAAUGGUUCAGUUUUCCAGCCAGCUAGAAGUCAUGCAUAACCUGAAAGAGCAGCUGGAGCAGAGGACCAGGCUGAUCGAGGCCAACAUUCAGCGGCAGCAGGACGAGCUGAGGCAGAUCCAGGACGAGCUGCAGAGAGUGCAGGGACAGAACCUGCAGAUGUUCUUGCCAAAAGGAGCCGGCGGACUGAAUCUCAGCACUGUUCAGAUGGCCCAGGGGAACGCUGUGCAGCAGGGGGGGGCUCUCAGCAUGCAAGGCCAGGUGGUGUCUGCAGGACUUUUACAGAACAGCAUUCAGCCACAACAUGCUGUCCAGCCCCAGCAACAAACGCUGCUACGGGAACAGAGCACAGCACUCUCACAGCCUCAACAGAAUUCCCUGCCUGCGGCUCUUUACAACACAAUGAUGAUCCCUCAGCAGAGCCAGGCUAACAUGGUCCAGAUUGCCACCAGCCUGGCUCAGAAUAGUGGACACAACACUCCUGCUGUGGCCACAUUUGCACAGGACCGUUCAACUCAAAUUAGGUUUCCUGCAAGUCCUCAGCUGCUCACCAAGCUAAUGGCAGGGCAGAUGGCAUGUGGGGCCGUCAUGGUCCCUACAACCAUGUUCAUGGGCCAAGUGGUGACUGCCUUCGCUCCACAGCAGGGCCAAACCCAAACAAUCAGCAUUUCCCAGCAGCCAUCACAGCAGCAUCAGCAGCAGGAGCAGCAGGUACAGCAGCAGUCACAGCAGCAGUCACAGGUCACAGCCAUGCAGCUAGGGCAGGCUCCACUGGCCCAGCAGCAAACACAGUUCCUUCAGGCUUCUCGGCUUCUUCAUGGAAACCAGUCCACCCAGUUGAUCCUGCAGGCAGCGUUCCCUCUCCAGCAGCAGGGUUCCUUCACUGCCACACCACAACAACAACAACAACAACAACAGCAGCAACAGUUACAACAACAACAGCAGUUACAACAACAGCAUCAUCAUCAUCAUCAACAACAACAUCAACAACAGAAGCAGCUACAACAGCAUAAACAGCAACUCCAUCAGCAGCAGCAGCAGCAGCAGCUCGCCCCUCACCGGGCGGACAGUCUCUCUGAUCGCUCCGCAACGCAGCAACAGUAGCUGGGGGUCAGCCAAUCAGAAGUGGACUGAGUCAAACCCAAGUGUGGGUGUCUUUGUGAGGGGGUGUAAAGAGAAGUCCUGCUGAGAGUGCAGCACUAAGACCACGCCUCAGGCUGAGGAGUGAGGGGAUGGGCAGCGGUGGCUUCCCCCCCCUUACAAAGAUCUGUUGCUGUCUGCACUUAACUCCUGAGCUCAAAGUGCUGCAGAGGACCGGUCCUGGGCCCGCUGUGGCUCUGGCUCUGGGACAAAGGCCUUUCUCAAAGAAAACAGGGAGCCUACAGACCUUUUAAAAUGGACUCCCCCUCACACCCUCCCCUGGCCCUCUCCCUGUGUGUUCAGUGUGUGUGUGUCACCCUCACAGGAUUGUUUUAUGCAGAGCUCUCCGGUUAAUUGAGGUAAUGCAGAGAAGCUUCUAUCGAGCUUGAAGGACCCCUGCAGCACGGCCAGAGGCUGCUUUGCUUUGGAUGUUUUCUCCUUUUCUUGUUGGAAAUAAUUAUGUCAGAAAAUAUUUUUUAAAUGUUGUGUACAUUGAACUUUUACUGUACAGAACACCAGGUGUAAUAUAUAAUGUAAAUAUAUUGAAAAAGAAAGAACUAAUAUUUUAUAUGAUGCAUGAAAUGAAACGUGUAGUUAUUUUGAAGCUUUGAAUAUGCUUUUUUUCUAGAGCUCUAUGAAAAAAAGAUCUUAAAGUGCUCAGUGGCUGAUAUUCUCACAGACCCUCCCCCCCUUCUCCUAGGGGAAAUGUUUGUGUGCCGAUGCUGCUUGUGGUGUCACAGUUUGUUUAGUCCUUGAACCAUAUUUUCACAGAUUUCAUAAAAUUGUCAAAUAUUGGAGGAAUAUUUUAAAGUAUUUUAAAAAGGUUUUUAAGAUGUGCUUCAAGCCUGCACACUGAAUACUAAAUUCUACUUAAAUGUUGUGAAAUAACUCAAACCUACAAAGGUUAGGCUAAAUGUUAGCAAACAGUAAUACUGAACAAUACUUAUUUUCUUAUUUAUUCGCCUUUAGCACUUCUGCUGAGAACCCUCCUUUUCAGAGUUAUACAUAAUGUACUUAUAGAUUUAUUCAAUAUCUAGAUUAUUACCCCUUCAAAUAUAUUUCAAUGUGAAAGUCAGACCUGGUAACCUGUGGCUGACAUUCUCACACUAAGCUUGAGUGAAAUUAUUUGUGUUAGCACGGCGCUGAUCAAACAGUGUUGUAAUUGGCAGUCUGAUCAUCCAUCCAGUCUUAAGCCCCUUAUCUGGGUCAGCAGAGUGAGGAGAGCAGCCUAGACUCAUAGGCUCCCUCAUCCAGUCGGUCCGGUGUGAGCUGCAGGAAUCACAAACCCCUUAACUAGCUCUCGGUGAAGUAGUAGCAGCAGCAGCAGCAGCAGCAGCAAAAAGGUCCCCUAAUAUCUGUGAACUCCUUGCUCAUCAGGAAAAGAGAGGCCAGCCCCCACCUCCAUUAGACUCCAUAUAGUGUCUGCAAAGUAGCUUCUAACCAGCUUUAAGUGGUUGGAAUACAAUCGGUCUCAUGAGAGCUUAGCUUUUAUGUUCUCAGUCAGGCUUUGAUUUGAGAAAGCAGAUUCAACUUCAGCUAAUUAAACUUGUCGUAAUGCUCUACAUGUUUACUCACCCUCCCCUAAAACCGCAAUCACUGUUUUUAUUAGCUACUUGGCGGCAGUGAUGCCAGCUGUGAACCCAACACUGCCAUAAUACAGUCAACUUUUUUGCAAACAGUUGCCUGUUUUGCGUAGGUGGUUUCUUCUUUUCUACUUUAUUGUGUACCAUUUGAAAAUGCCGACCAGCAUGUAAGCAGGCCGGCCUGGCAGCCUCCUCACCAUCUGACCGAAACCACCGUCAGAUGGCUGAGAGUAACAAAGGGCCACUGGUCCGGUGAAAUAUAAAGUUUGUCUUGAACCUUUGGCCCAAGUUGUCUGGUUAUACCAUGUGUGCUUACAGCAUGCAUGUAAUGAAGUUUGAAUAUGGUGUUCAUAAUGAUUAAACGAGUUUAGCAAAGAAGACCAAUAACUUGAGUUCAUCUCAUGUAACAACAUCUGUUUCUACUGCUACAUGCCCUGAAGCCCCGCUCAGUUUGUUUGAACAUGUAGAACAUUUAUUUUAACCCAAACUAUGACCUUAACAUUAUGAUGUUUUAGUUUAACUCCAAAGUUGUCAUCUGUUUCAAAUGUUUAGCGAGUGGGUUUCGCAUUAUUAGGUUAUUGCUGUCCUUGUGUAUUUAGUUUGAAUCACUCAUUUCCAAAUACAUUUGGCUUCAAUAUAUUUAUGUAAUUGUUUUAAAAAAAAAAGAUAUUUUCAUGUUGCCUCUUUUGGUUAUAGAUGUUUCAGAUCUAGCUGUAUUUAAUGAAGCAGGCCCAUGUUUAGUGUGUAAUUGAUCUCGGACUUCAUUAUAGUCAUCGACAUCAUGUCAAUAUUGCAUCAAAACACUUAUACGCACCUUUUCAAAAUGCAUUUAAAAACUCUAAGGGACUGUACAAAAAAACAUUGUAAUGAGGAGUUUGUUUUUUUGAAAGAGCAGGACCCCUCCAAGGUCAUCUAAAUAUCUGAUUUUUAUUUAUUUUUUAAAUGUAUGAUCCGUGGCACCCCAUCACAAGGCAACUAUUUUGAUGGGGAAAACCAUGAAAUUAAAAAACCUUAACCGUGGAAAAAUGAAAAGCCCUCCUUUCAGAAACAAAGAAAUAAUUCAUAACCUACCUCCCUUUUCUGAACCUACCUCCUGCUAAUAACUCCCAAACAGUCCCGAACCUAAAACAAUAGCUAGAGUAUAAGUCGACCUUUAGAGACCUUUACACUCCUCUUCUUGAAAACCACGUGUGCUCCUGCAACACAUCAGGAUAUAAAAAAGACACGCAACCGUUCAGGACCCUGUACAGUGAAACUGUCCCUGUCUCCCAUGCAAACAGCACUCUGGAGGCGUGGUAUAGGUGGGGAAGUACACUACAAGAAUGUAACCAAACAUCAUGUACACAAGUAUUUUGCACGUGUGGCAGUGAGAGACUUUGCACAAUGUAUGAUGAGACAUGCAGUAAAAAAGAGAUCUACAUUAUUUUUCUAUUACCGGGAUAGACCUCAGUGAGCUUGCAUAGACACAUGACAUUAAAGAAGGUAACGGCACAGCUUUCAAAUGUGCAAGCAUGAAGGAUCUAAACGAACUGUGACAUAAACACCAAGACUGUUGAGCUCCUUUCCCCCAAGAAAGGGCUGGUUACUAGUGAGUUGAUGGUUAUGCAAAGACUUUGUUUCAAAUUGAAAGGUCGUUUUGAGUCUUUACCAGCCUAUCAAGUGGUUUUCCGUGAUGCAGGAAAUGGUUGAAAUUGACCCAAGCUUUUUAAAAGAGAAGUUAUUAGUCGGUCAUUGCCAAGCUAAAAAACACCUGAUGGAAUAAUGUUGUUGUCUGAAGACAGGGGAUGCCUAAAUGAAAUUGAAAUUUUAGUUUGAUGUCGUUUGAAUUUCUAUUGGUGUCUGUCCCCCCCCCUCCUCCCUUCUCAGUUCAUAUUUGUGUAUUGUCUGGCUCAUGAAAUCCUCCUGCAGUAAAAACGACUGCAAGGAACACUGAAUCACAUUCCAGGUCACACCUGAUGUCAGAGCAGGUGUUAAGACUCCUUUCCGGUGUGGCCUAGGAAUCAAAAUGCAGCAUUUCAGCCCCGCUAGCAUGCCCAGGUAGAGUUUGAAAUGUUUGUACCAUUUAUUAUAUUCAGUGGAUGUACUGUAUGAAAACCAAACCUAUUUUUCCAUCAUAACCAUUACAAGAAACUUUCAGUAACCAUACCUACUUAUGCUACACUGUAGAUUUAACCCCUGCACUGUUUACAGGUUCAGUUUAUGCUCAUGCUCAGGUGGAGUAUAAAUGUUGCACUCUUGCCAUCACUACUGCCACCUGCUGGUCAGUUUCAGGUAAUUUUUAGGCUUCAGUUUAAAGCUCUUCCACGGGAAACAAACUACCCUCAGAAAGGAUCUGAAAUAACUUUUCCUUCCUUCACUGCAUUGCAAAUCAUGAAUUAUUGCUAAACGUUAAACACGUUUGUACCUUGCAUUUAUUUCAUGAGCCAAACAGAUCAUAAAUGAAAACAAAACUGUAAGGCAAAAGUGUCAAUCGAUUGCUCCCCAUUCAAUUUGAGAAUAAAAUUGUAAUGCAGUCUG